UCACAAGAAAACCGCUUCAAUUCAACCCUCCUUUACUUUUUCUCUCCAAAUUAAACCCCACACCAAACCAAACCCCAAAUUCACUUUUUCUGUACAAUGGCUCACGAUGAUGAGCAUGAUCCAAAAACCAAAAGAUCCCACUACCCACUCGACCCCAACAGUUACCAAAUCCUGGAUGAAAUCGGUAGAGGAUGCAGUGCCAUCGUCUACAAAGCCUUAUGCACCACCACCUCCACCGUCGUUGCCAUCAAAUCCAUUGACCGAUCAACCACGGGUGAUUUCGAUAACAUCCGUCGUGAAGCUAAAACCAUGUCCCUUUUAUCCCACCCCAAUGUUCUCAAAGCACACUGCUCCUUCACCGUUGGCCCUCGUCUAUGGGUGGUCAUGCCCUUCAUGUCUGCAGGCUCUCUCCAAUCCAUCAUGGCCUCUUCUUUCCCUAAUGGCAUUUCUGAGAAUUGUAUUUCCAUAAUUCUCAAAGAAACACUUAUGGGUUUGUGUUAUCUUCAUGAUCAAGGCCAUCUGCAUAGAGACAUCAAGGCUGGGAACAUUUUAAUGGACUCCAACGGCUCAAUCAAGCUGGCUGAUUUCGGUGUUUCAGCUUCCGUUUACGAAACAAGCUCUCGUUGUCUUAACCUCCACGAAAUCACUGGUACGCCUUACUGGAUGGCGCCUGAAGUUAUACAUUCAUAUAAUGGGUAUAGCUACAAAGCUGAUAUAUGGUCAUUUGGAAUAACUGCACUUGAAUUAGCACACGGGAGACCUCCCUUGUCCCACCUUCCCUUUUCGGAGUCUUUAGUGAUGAAGAUCACAAGAGGGAUGCGAUUUUCCGAGUACCAGAAAGAAGAAGAAAAGGGGAAGAAAUCAAAGUUGUCAAAGUAUUUCAAGGAGAUGGUAGGAUUGUGUCUUGAACAAGAUCCUUGUAGGUGGCCUACUGCCGCAAAACUUUUGAAGCAUUACUUCUUCAAGAACUGUAAAGGGUGUGAUUUUCUUGUCAAGAAUUUGCUGCAUGGAUUACCUUCUGUUGAGUUUAGGUUCAAAGAAACUAAGGUUCAAAGGAGUGGAUCAAUGAGUAAGGAACAUGAGGAUGAAGAUGAUGAUGAUGAUAAUGAAGAAGAAGAGGGUUUGAUAGGGAGUAAUGUGAAGAAACAUAGGAGGAUUAGUGGAUGGAACUUCAGUUUGGAUGCUUGUCAGCAUGGUCCUGUGUUUCCUCUUGUGGACUCCAUAAGUGGUCCAUCCACGAACACAAGUUGUGGAGAUGAGGAAACGGUGAAACAAGUUGCAUUUUCAGGUGAAAGUGUUGUGUCUGAAAAUGAAGGGAGUUCGUGUAGUAAUGUAACAGAUGGUGGUGAGGGAGAAGUGUAUAUUGGUGGUGGGAGUUGUGUUGAUAAGGAGGUUGUGAUGGGGAGUUUGAUGACAUUGAAAAAGAGUUUGGAUGAUCAAAGAGAGAAGGUGAUAUAUAUGCUCGCGGUGGUUGGAGCCGAAGAGACUAGUGGCGGCGGUGGUGAAUUCGGUGGCAAAGAAGAGAAGCUAAUGCAAGUGAUUGAAAAGCUAAAAUUGGAGUUGGAGAAUGAGAAGAGAAAGAGGACUAGUUUGGAGAUGGAGCUAGAGUUCUUAAAGCUUAAUAUCACAAAUACUUCUGAUGACUAAACUUUUCACUUGUCCAUAGAGGACUCUUAGAUAGCAUUCGUUUCGUGAAAUGUAAUAGAAUUGGAAUUGGAAUUUGCAUAGGAAUUGAAAUCUAAUUUGGAAUU